AGAGAAAGUCACCUCGUCUUGUCGGUCAGGGGAGAAGCUAUUGAUACCUAGCAUGGUCAUACUGCUUCUCGGGGAAGGUCGACAGUAGGACAGUAGCAUCCUGUUCUAACUUUAAACCUUCGUGUCUUUUAUUUAAACCAUACAAAUAGAGGGUGGAUUAAAUCCUGCAGCUGUUAAAGAUAGAUAUCUCGCGAGCUAACCAUUUACAAGCUAGCUUCUGUUUUUUCUCUUCCAAUCGAACAUCUGCGAUCAUGGCUGCACUCAGAGCGUCCUAUCACAGGAUUUUGGACAGGAUCGAACAUUUGCUGCCCGCCAAACUGAGACCUCUGUACAAUCACCCGGCAGGUCCAAAAACUGUUUUCUUCUGGGCCCCGAUGUUUAAAUGGGGUCUUGUCUUUGCUGGUUUGGCUGAUAUGACUCGACCAGCAGACAAACUCAGCACCUCCCAGUCUGGGGUGUUGACAGCCACAGGGCUCAUCUGGUCCAGAUACUCGCUGGUUAUUAUCCCGAAGAACUGGAAUCUUUUUGCCGUCAACUUCUUUGUUGGCAGUGCAGGAGCCUCCCAGCUUUACAGGAUCUGGAGGUACAAGCAGGAUAAGGAGGCAGAGGCUAAAGAGGCUGCAGAGUCCUGAAGACUUUCCUGGUGUCCUGCUACAGUGCUGCUGCUGAUUCAAAGGGAGACUUUCACAUCAUCUCUUCAUCAUCCCACACUGUCUCCAUAACAUCCAUGCCAUUGCCAUUGUUCCACAUUAAGCCUGGUGUCCCUGCUGGAAAAAUGCACUUUCCCUCUUAAGUUUCAGAUUUCCUCAGGGUGUACAAAAAAGAAAAAACAAAAAAACAAAUGAAAAAGAACAUUUUUUUUUUAACUGUAGUCAACACACUCAAGAAUGGUGGUCAACAACGCACAAGUACUGCUUGUUUAGCAAGUUCUUGAUUGUACAAUGUUUGAUUUAACGUCAUGCUUUUUAUUUCAUGCACUAGCUGGGAAGUUUUGCUUUUUUCAUCGCUGUCUUUCAGGUGUAGCAAUCAGUACCUCGAGCAAGUUUCCCAAAAACUUGUAACUCUUGGAUUUGUGUUGAAAGUGGUUUGAGGAAUGUUUAACAUAAUUCAUGUAAGAAAGGAUGCCAUCACAUUUAUCUUUUAAUUCACUUAUUUAUCAUUUGAUUCUAGCCCAGGCAUGUGUACCUCAGCAGUCAUUAAAUCAUUAUUGAUUACCCUGUAAUGAUUCCUUCCAUUUUAGUGGCUUUAGGUCUUUUCAUUUGUGUGAGAACAAAUCCUAACAUGUGAAUUGUGUAAGGUUUUCUCUUGUAGUCAAAAUUGUGCGGAGAUAUUAUUUUCUAGCUGUAUAUGAGGACUAUAGAUACUACAUAUUGAACCUGUGCAUCUUUUUAACUGAUCAUUGCAGCGAGCCAACGAUCAAACACUGGUACACUGUAUGAGGUUUUAAUCAUCAAAUUUGCUUUUAAAAAAUUUCUUCUUCUUUUUAGGAAGGUAUUUUAUAUUUUUGUGCAAGAAUAAUGGUUUGUUGGAGACAUUUACACUGUAUUUAUACAGUAUAACUCCCUGAUUAAUUAGCAAUAAUUGGUAUAAUCACUUAAUCUGUCGACUGUUUGAACAAAUGGCACUUUGAGGGUUGAUCACAAUGACUGUAAUGGCUAUGUAAUGGUAAUAAAUACUAACACAAAGUAUGGAUAUCUCAUAGAAAUUUAAUGAUCAUCUGGUGAUUUGUAUGACUGUUUAGAUUUUAAUAAGACACCAAAACAGUGAGAGGAGCUUUAUAAAG